UUUAGAUUUACCAGAUUUCUUAUCAGACAAUGCAGUGCACAGUUUAAGUCUACAUGAUGAUAAUGAUGAUGAGAAUGAUGAUAAUGAUGAUUUUAUAAGUGGAGUGCUCAAUGGCAGUCAAGAUGUGUCUAAUCUGGCAAAGGAAAAUGCAGAACUGAAAAAGUCUCUCUUGAAAGCUGAAGAGAAAAGCCAUUUAGACUCACAAAGGUUAGCUGAGCUGCAGCUUGAGGUUAAAAGAAUCAAGAAGAGAGAGUCAGAAGACACCAAGGCUCUGGAGGAAAUGAUGCAACAAGUAGAGGCAAACCUGCAGUCAACUACAAAACGUGCAGUUAAAGCCGAGGGUCUGGUAGCCAAACUAAAAGAAGAUAUCCAAGUCUUGCAACAGGAGAAUGCAGCAUUGAGGAGUGGUGACCUGGGAAUAGAGAGUAUGAAAGAGAAGGCGAAGUAUGCCUCUCAGCAACUUAGCACAGCGGCCACUGGGGCUGAACAACAACUCAAACAAUUACUCACUGGAGUGGAUCAAUUGAAAAUGUUAUCCCAAAUCUUAUCAACAAUAGACAAGUUUACUGAAGAACAAGGACCAUCAACAUGUUCAGAGGGUGGAGUCUAAGGAUGCGACAAGUCUUCUCAGGGUUAACUCUACUUAUAACUUGCAUGAUUCUUCAAGUCUUGAUCUUGAACUGUCAUGAAAGUCUCAAAAUCCUCUCUCAUGAUACUUCAAAUCUUG